UCUCUCUUCUGGUUUUUGCUGGGACGUGACUGCUUGGAUCUGCAUUGCUCCUCAGCUGACAAGUCUCCUAGGGACAUAGGGGCACUAUGGCUCAUGCCAGGGGGAUCCUUGCCUGGCUGGUACUGGUGGCCCUGGGGCUGCUGGACAACAGAUGCCAAGCAGAACGGGACUGCCGCGUGACCAGCUUCAAAGUCCAGCCGAACUUCGACCCACAGCAGUAUACUGGUACAUGGUAUGCCAUAGCCAAGAAAGAUCCUGAAGGACUGUUUCUUCAAGACAAUAUAGUAGCCCAUUUUUUCAUUAAUGAAGAAGGAAAGAUGGUGGCAAGGGCCGUGGGCAGAGUGCAGCUCUUUGGGUGAAAACUGGGGAACUUUGUGCUGACAUGUCUGGGCUCCUUCAACGAGACUGACGAUUCUGCCAAGUUCAGGAUGAAAUAUUGGGGUGUGGCAGCCUAUCUCCUAUUCCAAUAUGAUGAUCACUGGAUAGUUGCGACAGAUUAUCAUACGUACGCUCUGCACUACAGCUGCCGUGUACUCAAUGAGGACGGCACGUGUGCCGAUAGCUACUCUUUUGUCUUCUCUCGGGACCCUCGUGGGCUAACUCCAGAAGCACAAAAGAUUGUCAGACAGAAGCAGAAGGAGCUCUGCUUAGAAAGACAAUACAGGCUUAUCGUUCAUAAUGGAUUCUGUGACAGCAUAAUAUAUGGAACAACCUAAUCUAUGGAAACCACUUUGUGGUUGUAAAGUUCAUCAACUAU